AUGGCUGGAUCUGAUGCUGCGUACAGAUUUGAUCCCUUCAGUGAAGAGACUGUUAGUGACGAGAACACUGCCUUUCGCGAUAUAGACUGGAGCAAUCCAGCGGACUUCUUCGAUAGCAUCAGUCCUAGCCUUCCUAAACCAACAUCUUACCCGACUCCAGAUGAGGUCCGUCAAGAAAGUCGCAAAAGAGCGGCAAAAAUCCUGGCCGACUGGGAAACCCUGAAUAAGAUUAUCGAACGUCAUGAAGAACGGAUUCAUAAACGAUGGCGCCAGAAGACCAAGGCUAAGCGUCGUCACAUCCUUCUCUCCGCGUGGCCAAACAUGCCCAAGAUGCACAGGCCAGAUUUUGACGCAUUCAAAAAGGGACGUCGCCAAGAGUCGACGGAGGCAUACAUGUGGCCUUGUAUCAAUCUGGAAGACCUGGAACAGACAAGACCUUUGCUCCUGCUCCUCAAUGCUCGCGCGCGGCACCAGCCACAUUGUUUUGCGCACGCAGACUACCAUGCUCCACAUCUUGGGCAUGGCACAGGGGCUAUUCGCUCUGCUUUUCUCAACCUGCAUACGAUGAUGUUCACUGGUCGGACAACGCCAGAAACAUACGGAGAGCUGAUUGCAUGGGACGAUGAUGAUGACGCAUCUUCGUGGCUUCAUAAUGGUAAAGGUUUCCACCCCGGCCAUGGGCUAGUACUUCUGGAAAUACAACAGCGGAUCUACAAAUUUCUUUUAGAUUGUACCCAUCAAAUUCUUCAUGAUAUUCCUGAGGCGGCCUUGAUCAAGGACUUCCCUGUACUCCCCGAGCCCGCAAUUAAAGAUGAAGGGGACUGGCAUUCCCUGGCUGCAGUUGCAGCGGACGCGCCUUACCGUCUACCCGCGCAGCUGGACUUGGCCUCUCUAGAAGACAUUAUCGAUGCUAAACGCUCGGCUAAGGAGGAUCAUCUUAUAGCGCUACGAGAGGACCCCGGAUACUUUGCAGACGUUGUCAAUGAGUACAAGGAACAUCGUGUCGAAGUUAUCCCAGAUACUAACAGCAACCCGCAUCCGACAUUGGCACCACAUGUUCACCCAUUAUUCUGGAACCGGGUUCUCCAAAAUGUCGUCCCUGAAGCUUACAUGAACCUGGAGAUCUGGUCCACGCUCCAUCCUCUGGUUGCCGACCUGCGUCAGCUGCUUUCCAAAUAUCAUGACAGGAUAUCGCCGGAGAAAGACCUGCCUACCGCCCUCUAUAACGCGUUUGUAGAGCUGAAAUAUACCCUGGAACAAUUUGCUAUUGGUCCAGCCAACCAGCUCAAAAUAGCAGCUCCGGCCUCCCCUCCAUUGCGAUCACUCUUUGUUCGGCAACCACAACAGUCGGGCACUUCGAAGAUGAUUGCAGAAUCCCGGGCGGGUGUAUCAAGGUCCGAGAACCAGGGGGGGCUGCUUUGGAUUCUUGAAGCGCUUUGGGGGGAUAGCAACGUGGUGUUUUUGGCCGGUCGGAAAACGCUCAUGGAUGAGCUCGAACGUCUCGUUCAAAUGGACCCCAAAAACAAGGAGCUCGUCUCGAGCCGGGUUGCCAGCGUCAUUUCUGACUUGGCAGUUAUCUCCGAAUGUCUUCAUCAAAUUGAGCUCUACCAACCCUGGGCGAGUACAUUCGAAAAUGGGUUUAUCGAACGGCGCGAUGGAAUCCAGAAAGGAUACAGCAACCUAACCAGCGGUUGGGACAAGUACCUGGUAAGCUUCGAGGGAACUUCUCUAGCCAAACUUGGAUCGCCCGAAGAUGGUCGAUUCCAUUACCCGGCCGAAAAGCGACGGAAUCGUGAAAAUGUCGAACUUAUGAGAGCUGCGGAGAGGAAUCUGGAUGCGUUCUGGCGUGCGGUGGAUUCGCAUUUGCCAGUGACCCGUGGAAUGACUCAACGCAACGCUGUGUACAAGGUGCUUACUAGGAUUUCUGGAAGGCUCCAAAGGACACCUGCCUGGGUAGAGCCGGAAAAGCAGCCCGCUAAAGUGAAAGACCUGGAGAAGAGUAUGGCAGAUCUCCAAUUUGAGCUGGUACAUCGGACGGAGAAAACCAUCGAGCCGGCUACUGCGCCUCUGCCCAAGAAGAGGGUUAAAUCUCAAGGAAGGCCUACCAUGUCCGACAAAGCCGUCGAACCCGACCUGCCCGCCGAAAAUGGGUAUGAUGUACAGCCAACGUUCAAAGUGGACAAGCGGUCUUUGAAAGUUUUCUCCACACUAUUUUACCAGCCUUCGCAAACUGCUCAGCCCGGGGAGAUCCCGGGGAACGAUUUCCUACACGCUAUGGGCACCACGGCUUUUACGGUGGAGAAGCUCUAUGGCUCGGUCUGGCAGUUCACGCCGAGAAAUCUGGACGUCGAGCGCAGCAUUCAAAUUCAUGAGCCGCAUCCUAUUGCGAAGAUACCCUUUCGAGUCGCAAGACGGAUUGGAAGGAGGUUAAAUAGAGCUUACGGUUGGCAUGGCCAGAUGUUCACAUUGGCGUAA